AUGCAUUAUCGCACGCACACUGGUGAAAGGCCGUUCAAGUGCAAGAUAUGUCAGCGUGCUUUCACAACUAAGGGUAAUCUGAAGACGCACAUGGGUGUUCACCGGACGAAGCCGCCGUUCAGAAUAUUUCACCAGUGUCCGGUGUGCCAGAAGAAAUUUACGAACGCGAUCAUCCUGCAGCAGCACAUCCGGUUGCACGCCAUGCGUCCGAUUCAAGUGUUGCCAGACGAACGCGGUUCGUCUACGGAUUUCGACGGCAUUAGUUAUCCGAAACCGAAAUUGGAUCUUGCGGGCUUGAACAGCGGCCGUUCCAGCAACGGCAGUUCCCUGUCGAUCACCCAAAACGGCAACGGCGAACGUACGCCGCCCUUCUCCCUGAACGCUGCCGCGUCGCGCAGCGACGACUUCUUCGGAGGGUCUGUGUCCGAAGCAGAACAGCGUUUUGCAGCCGAGUACUCGGAUAGCAUGCAUGGUCUGAAAUCAUUCCCUUCGCACCCGAACGAGCCAGUUGGGUCCACUGUACCGGUCGGUUCCCUGAUGCUAUCACAUUCGCUACAAGUGACUCCUCAGAUGAUGAUGCACCAUGCGAUGCCGUUCGGAAAUCCAGCGGCCGCGCUGUCUUCCGGCUCACAUCUAGGACUGGUUAUCAGUCGCUCGAGCACCACCUGCAACAUCUGCUUCAAAAGCUUCGCGUGCAAUAGCGCCCUGGAGAUCCAUUACCGCAGUCAUACGAAAGAGCGGCCGUUCAAAUGUCACAUCCGCGAACUGCCGUCAUCUGAAGAGCCGGAUUCUGUCAAAAAGGAAUCUCCAAGUCAGUUACAAGUCGGGCACGUUCUGAAGGCUGCGUCUGUGAAGUCCGAUUGCGGUAGUGGCAGCGGUGGUAGCGGCGGCAGCGGUAGCGGCAGCGGCGGAGGACCAGACUCGGUCAGCAGCCAGCAGGCGUUCUCGGACGUCAUGUCCGAUGCACAUUCACCGUCGAUCAUGUCAGUGUCGAUGUCGGUGGCACCGGCGACAGUGACCGUAUCGGUGACAUCGGCGACACUGUCAUCGCAAGUCAAACCCGAAAGGGAGGACAGUUCGGACGAUUUCGUCAGCGCAGCGAAGUGUGCCGUCGAUGGCACUAACUUCGAUUCGAACAAUCCAACACCGUUAGAAUCAAUACAAAAAAUGUGGUCACGUGCCGAAAGUUUGGCCACCUCUGUGAAUUCGGUGACACCCGGUGUCAAAAAGCCAUCUGUGUUCAGCAAGCAUCAGUGUCAGUUGUGCUACAAGCACUUUAGUAGCUCUAGUGCGUUGCAGAUUCACAUGCGCACCCAUACUGGAGACAAGCCGUUCAAAUGCACGGUGUGUGAGCGCGCUUUCACAACGAAAGGUACGUUACGUCCGUCCGUCUGUCCUUCCGUCCAUCCGUCGUGGUGUCUGUGGUGGUGA